GGAGUGCUCGCUUUAACACAACACGGUGUCGCAAAGCCGUCGAGUGAUAGACGGCUGAAAGAGUAAAGUUCCGCCAUUAAAAUUAGGGUUUUACAAAACAAUGGCGAAAUUUAACGAAGUACAGAAGAAAAGAAGAGCUUUAAUUUCCCAGAAUAAGAGAGCUGUUCAUGGAGAUCCUUACACCAAGAAGCUUAAACGCCAAACCCAGCUUCAUUCUGUUUCUGGCAAGCGCAAACGAAAGAACCUCAAAAAAUGGCGUCGGGAACAAAGGGAGGCUGUAGAAAAGGGUCUUAUUACUCUGGGUGAUGUUGAAAUGGCUCCUGUUGAUGAACCUGCAGAAUCUAAGACGACUCCUGCCAAGUUUCACUUAAAGAAGAGUGUAAAGCUUAAACACAAACAGAAAAAGCACAAAGGUAAAGGCCGAAGUGAAUCUUCUAAACCUGCUGCUGAAGCUGCUCGUGCUGAUGCCAUGGUAGAAUAAGUAUUCAAAUUUCAGAAAGAAUGCAGCUCAAUUCUGCCUUGCUGAAAGUUCUUACCUACUAGUCUCUUGGGCAUUGUUCAUUACAAAUUUUGUUUAGAUUAAAAAAUUUAUGGCAGUACUCAUUUCACUUGUAAUCUCUUCAAUUUUCACUCAUUCUGUUUGUAAGCUUUCAGAUUAGGAGAUCGUUUUGCUGAGAAAAAUGUAGAUUGCAAAAUUUUAAAAGCACUUUAGUAUUAAUGUACACAAGAGACGCCCUCUUUUUUUCUU